AGAAGCAGCUGCUUGCAGACAUGCAGGAAAACGCCUUAAUUCGCAGUAUUGAGGAGGAAUACAGGAAAGCCUUUUUAUACAUCAAUAAAGGUUUGAACGCAGAUGAAAAUGGUUACAAGGAAGACGCACGGAACUUUUACAGACAAGGACAGGAGCAUUUGCUUAGAGGGCUGGGUGUUUCCUUACAGUCACCCGAGUACAUUGGGCCAGCUUGGGAUUCUGCCCGACAGAUGCAAGUGAAGAUGCAGGAAACACUGGAGAAUGUGAACACCAGACUGAACAUCUUAAAACAGGGCAUGAUGGGGCGUGUUCCAGAACCCCGUGCAGCAUUAGCUCCUCAAUACCCAUCACUGCCAGCAGCACAGAAGGAAAGGCCUGGAAGACCACCACUGCCAACAAUGCCUCCAUUCCCUGCAGAGCCAGUAAGCGGCAUCGCCUGUGUACCAACAAACAACCCGACACCAUUGAAUCCCUUCACAGAGGGUGCAGUUGCACCACCAGCAUACACCCCUCAGGCCACAGAUGGACAUUACUGCGUCUCCUAUGGCACAGACUCUGGUGAACACUCAAUAGUAGGAGAUGAUUUCUAUUCAAUGACCGCACAGCCGCCUCCGGUGCAGAGUCUGGGAGUGGACGCAGAGGAACUCGUACUUAUUCCAAGAGGGGUUCAGAUCUUCUUUGUGACACCAGAUGGAGACGUGAGUGCCCCCUCCUAUCCAGGCUAUCUCCGCAUUAUUAAGUUCAUGGACACCAGCAGUGAAAUGGCUCAGACCCGGCCUCCAGCUUUCCUACAGGUGUGUGAUUGGCUGUACCCUCUCAUGUGCACUCAGUCCCCUGUACUCCGCUCUAACGUGGGGGUCUACAUGUUCCCAGACCUGAUGUCCCAGGCCCCAGGGUCCUACGUAGGGGUGGUACUCUCUGCCGAGCUGCCUGCUGCUGACCUGGAGCUGUUUGAAGAUCUUCUGAAACAAAUGUCAGACCUGAGAAUCCAGCCCAGUGAAGCAUUGGGAGAGGUCAUAGACUUGAGUCAGACUGUACAUGUUACUAUACCUGAGGCUGAACCUGAACCAAAGGAGAAAGAUGACUUGCCACCAUGGAGUGAGAAAGUUGCCCAUGGAAUUCUGCAAGGGGCCUCUUGGCUGAACUGGGGCCUGGUGAAAGGAGCAGAGCUGACAGAAAAGGCCAUUCACAAGGGUGCUACAAAAUUAAGAGAGCAUAUCCAGCCUGAGGACAGACCUAUGGAAGUCAACCCCACAGUGGCCAAGGGACUUCACGUGGCAAAGCAAGCCACUGGCGGCGCAGUGAAAGUCAGCCAGUUCCUAGUGGAUGGCGUCUGUGCCAUUGCGAGCUGUGUCGGCAGGGAACUUGGGCCACAUGUGAAGAAACAUGGCAGCAAGUUAAUUCCAGAAUCUCUGAAGAAAGACAAGGAUGGGAAGUCUCCAUUGGAUGGCGCUAUGGUGGUAGCAGCUAGUGGUGUGCAAGGAUUUGCAACUGUCUGGCAGGGCCUGGAGUAUGCUGGGAAGAACGUCGCUAAGAGUGUGGCCACAGAGACUGUGCAUACCGUGAAAUACAAGUAUGGAAAGGAGGCCGGGUACGCGACUCACGAUGCCGUCAAUUCUGCGAUCAACGUCGGAGUAACUGCAUUUAAUAUUGACCACCUGGGUAUAAAAGCCAUUGUGAAAAAAACUGCAAAAGAAACCAGCCAUGCGAUUCUGGAUGAAUACAAACUGAGCGAGAAACAAACUAAGAAGGGGGAGCCUCACUGAACCACUGCCAGCCUUCUACCCAUUGCCUUACAGGAAACGCUACUUCUCCCCUCAUUUACCAUAACCCUUCCAACAGCUUACAAAACCACUAUUCUAA